AUGGCGGCGGCCGCGGUGCAGCGGCAGGGCGGGCUGCCUCCGCAGCGCUACCAGGGCGUGCAGAAGGAGAGCGCCGGCUACCGCCUGCUGUCUGCCAUGGGGUGGCGCGAGGGCGAGGGCCUGGGCGCCUCCAAGCAGGGCAUCAAGGCGCACAUCAAAGUGAAGAAGAAGUUCGAGAACUGGGGCGUCGGCGCGGUGGAGGCUGCGGAGCAUGCCCAGACCUGGACCAACGGCAUGCUGGACUUCCACCGCGUGCUCAGCAACCUGUCGGAGGUGGUGUCGGAGCACGCCCGGCGCCGCGCCGAUGGCAGCAGCAGCGACGAAGACAGCGACGCCUCAGGCGGUGAGCAGGCGCCCGAGCAGCAGGCGGCGGAGAAGCCGCGUCAGCCGCGGCGGCAGCGGAAGGAGGGCGGCGGCAAGAAGCGUAGGCGGGCGGCGCCCAGCAGCGGCAGCGGCAGCGGCGGCAGCGAGGGCGAGGGGGCGGGGGUGGCGGCGCCCAAGCGCGUCAAGGCCGCCACCCACCUGGGCCGCUUCAAGAAGCGCGAGGCGGCCAAGAUGGUCAAGGGCUACUCCCAGCACGACCUGGCCGCCAUCCUGGGGGAGGACCCCUUCGCCUCCUUUGCCGCCGCCGUGCCCGAGGUGCGGGCGCAGCAGGUGCAGCAGGCGCAGGCGGGCAGCAGCGGCUACGACACCGACGAGUCGUCGGGCGGCGACAGCGACGCCGGCGGCGGCAGCCAGGCCGCCGCCGCCACCGCAGCAGCAGCCGUGGCCCAGGCCGCCAAGCCGGAAAUGAUUGUGGUGCGGCGCCCCAUGGCGGCGAGCGGCGGCGGCGGCCGGCCCGCGGCGCCGCCGCCCGCGCCGCCGGACAGCGGCCAGCCGGAGUGGUGGCAGGUGUGCUUCCACCGUGCGGCGGGGCCGCGCGCGGGCGUGGGCGCGAGCGCCGCCGCCCCCGCCGCCAUCACCAUCCACGGCUUCAGUGAGCAGGACCAGACCAACCUGUACAACAUGGCGCAUGACAAGGCCACCAAGGGGCGGGUGGGCCUGGGGCGCGGCGGCAUGCCCAAGAAGGUUGCCGGCGCUCGCUGGGAGGGCCAGAAGACGCGCAUAGCAGACAGCAGCGACGAGGAGGAGGAGGAGGAGGAGGCGGAGGAGGGGGGGCAGGAGCAGGGGCGCCAGGCGGGGCCGGCGCCUGUGGGCGUGGAGCUGGAGCGUGAGGAGGGGAUGGUCAUCAUCCUCCCCGCCUCCAAGCGCCACCUCCUGGACCAGCUGCAGGCCAGCAGCCAGCAGGUGGCGGCCGCGGGAGCGCCUGCAGCAAGUCCCCAGCAGCGGCAGCGGCAAGAGGGCCAGGCGCCCGCCAGCAAGAAGGCAAAGAAGGCGACGAGAAAGGCGGCGGCGGCGGCGGCAGGGCAACAGCCGGCCGCUGCCGGGCAGUUGCAGCAGCAGCAGCCUGAAGAACCAGCGGCAGCCUGCGCCGGCCUGGGGCGCAUUAAGUGGAAGAAGGCGGUGUCUGCCGCGCUCAAGGCCAGCGCCAAGGGCAGGCUCAAGCUUGGCAAGCUGCACAAGGCGGUGGCGCGGGAGCACGGCGUGGCCAAGGCGCAGCACGGCGCGGCACUGCAAGCCCUCACCGCUUUCCUGCACCAGUCGCCCAAGUUUGAGCUCGCCGACGGCGUGGUGCGGGCGGCAAGGGGCUGA